AUGGCGACUCACCUGCAGCCUUCGUUCGCCGCCUCCCAUGUUUCAUCUGCCGUCCCAUUGCAUACGUCCCCUCCGCAAGUUUGCGCAUUUCCCCUCACAUUCCCGCGCAUUCCCCCCGCAAGUGCCGUGCGCAUCCCUUCCCCAUGCGCCCUCUCCCGCGUCCUCUUCCGCGGGGCACCCUCCCCCACCCGGAUUCGCUCACCGCCGAAGCGGGCAGCGGCGGCGCGUGCGGCGGCGAAAGGCGAGCCGCCGGCGAGCGGCGGCGAUCCCGCGUUGGCAGCAGCGGCGUGGAAGGCACUGGUAGCGGUGCGCAGGAGCCGCCCUCUAGUUCACUGCAUCACCAACUUCGUAUCCAUGGAUGCUGCUGCCAACACCCUCCUCGCCGCUGGCGCCGCGCCGGCCAUGGUGCAUUCCUUAGAAGAGGUGCGCUGGACUUCCCCCUCCCCCUUUCCCCCUUCCCCCUUCCCCCUUCCUCCUCCCCCUUUCGCUCUUCCCCCUCGAGCCCCGCAAGUGGAGGAUUUUCCCAGGAAACAUUCCCACACCCGCACCAUAUUGGUGGAGGAAUUUGCCAGCCUGGCAUCGGCGCUCUAUGUCAACAUCGGCACUCUGAGCCCUGAUUGGGUGGACUCCAUGAAACGGGCAGCCAAAGUUAUUUCUGCCCGGAAUCGGCCGUGGGUCCUGGACCCUGUGGGUUGCGGUGCCACGUCGUACCGAACCAAGACCUCAGCGGAGCUCCUGGCACUGCGACCAACGGUGGUGAGAGGGAACGCGUCUGAAGUGCUAGCUCUGGCAGGCGCCGUCAGCGCAAACACCCGGGCACCAUCAGCGCGAACACCCGGGGCAUUCCAGCCAUCUCUGCUUCAAGCCAUCACCGCCACUGGCUGCAGCGUCACUGCUCUCAUCGCUGCUUUCCUUGCUGCUUCUGCUGCUGCUGCUGCUGCUGCUGCUGCUGCGGAUGCGGCUGCUGAUGUCUCACUGCCUCUACUCGCAUCGGCCUGUGCUCUCGAUGUUUACGGGUAA